AUGAGUCUGAACGACAUAGACGCCCAGCUCGCAGAGCUCAAGGCGCGGCUCGGCGGCCUGGACAGCGAAGCCAGCGACGACGAGUCCGGCGGCGGCGCGAGGGAGGAGUCGAGGGACAACGACCCGAAGCGCAAGUCGAAGAAGGAGAAGAAAUCUAAGAAAUCUAAGAAGGAGCGGAAGGAGAAGAAGGCCAAGCGCGCGCGUUCGUCGUCGUCGGAGUCGGCAUCCGACGGCGGCGAAGACAGCGACAGCGAGUUGGUACCCAUCGCGCCGCUUCCCGCGAGCUGCCUCCCCGAACACAACGCGUACGCCGCGAAGAGCGUCGGCAAGCGAAGGAAACAAAGCAAGGCGGGAUCACCGGCGACCGCCACCGCCGCCGCCGCCUGGGCGAGAGGCGACGGAACCGUCGACGCCGCCGACGCGUCCCGAGCCGGCGCAUCCGACGCAUCACCCUCGGCGCAGAGACCCGCCAUCUUAGAGCUGCUGGAGAAGCGCCGCGAGAAGCGCGCCGAGCACAGGUGCGACGUCUGCGACAAGGAUUUCACCUCGCACGCGCAGCUGGAGGAGCAUCGCCGCGGCAAAGCGCACAGGAGCAGAGCCGCGUCCCACGGCGGCGGCGCGGGAAGGGGGGGACGAGGCGGCGGCGGCAGGGGCGGCGGCGGACCCGUCAGGCCCGCGCCGGGGCCGAGGCCACCGCCCGGGGUACCGCACUGCGCGCUCUGUCGAAAGGCGUUUACGUCCACGGCGCAGCUCGAGGAACACCGCGGGGGCAAGUGGCACAAGGCGCGAGCCUCGGGCGAGCUGCCGCCGUCGCGCAAGCCCUACAACGCGACGUGA